AUGAUGAACCCGAUGCUCCUCACUUCCCUGGUGUUCGCCUCACUGGGAUGUGUGGAUACAGCUACCGUCAACGAGCAGGACGGGGGAUACGAGCACGUGCUGGUUGCCAUCGGGAAGGACGUCGCGUACCACGGAGACAUCCUCGUAAACCUAAAGGCUUUAUUCAGAAAGGCAUCUGCUUUCCUCCUGGCGGCCACAAAGGGAAAAUUCUACUUCAAGGAAGUCAUAAUCAGUGUGCCCAGCAGCUGGCCACCAAUGGGCCGCAAGAAGGUCUGGGAGGACCUGUUUAACCAAGCCGACGUCCAGGUGGUCUCUGGCUUGAAAGAACCGGACACUCUGAAUCCGAGUCGUUCCUUUCCGGGCGACUUUAAUCCGGUCCGGUUUCCGUCCGAGUUUGUCCGCGACUUGAACUCAACAACAACCAAGAAGUUCGGGAAACCAGAGUACCAUCUAAUACAUCACUGGGCCAACCACCGCUACGGCGUUUUCGCGGAGCACGCUUCCUCUCCCGACAAGGCGCUCUACUGCAGUAACAACAAAGUGUCCCAGUUCUGCGACCAGGACACCCAUAAUCCCGAUGCUCCUAAUUUGCAAAACGAGCGUCACCAAGGAGUGUCCACCUGGGAUGUGAUAAGCAAACAUGAUGACUUCCUUCGGUGA